CCAUUUUGAGGUUAAUUUAAAUUGACUUAAAUACACUAGGAUACAGGAUACAGGGCAAUUUGCUUUCGGAUUCUAUUAGACACAAAUAUGAUUUGAUAUGAGCAAAUAAAAAUCGAUUAUGUGAUAAAGAAUGAAAAAUAGUCGCUAUGUUAAAAAUUGUACACGCAUAAUACGCUACUUAUGCACGUGCUACAAGCUAAUCUAGCUUUACGAAAUACAUAAAAGUCAAAUAAAGCUAGGUUAGUAUUGUUAGUAUUGUGCAUAUAUGUAUAUGCAUGUAUACACAUAAGUAAGAGCAUAAUAUGACAGUUAAAUAUAAAUGUUAACAUAUGUGAAACAUUAAAAAAAUUAUAAAACAAGUUGUAUAAUAUUACGUUAACUGAUAAUAAUAAUCUAAUUGAUAAGAAAUUAGGAAAACCGAAGAAUCAAAUCUACUCCGUUUAACCUUCAAUUCCAUCUUAUUGACAAAGUUACAAUUGCUUUGUCCGCAUAUUAUUUAAAGUAUGUUUUUAUGUACAAUCUAUGUAAACCAUGUCGGAUGCAUUUGAGGAGAUACAAGCAAUCAAAAUAAAGAGGAACAGCUAUCGCGAGAAGUUACAGAAGAGGAAACGCGAACGACAUGAAUUAUAUACGCUCACUUCAACGCCGGUUUCAUCCACCUUGACAACGGAAUCAGCGUGUCCUGAUGCUAAUGCAUCUUCACGCUCUGAUCACAGCGAAUAUGAGAGAGAUGUACUUUGCAUCUUACAUGAAUGCCUGCCUAAUCUACCGAUAACGUCUGCGGACUUGAUAGAUCAGCUACGAAAAAAUCUCAAUGCCGAUGUAUCUUCCUCCGAUAUUCACAAGAUUCUAGAGAAACUGGCUGCCCAAGAUAUAGUCAAGAUCAAAGAAGUCACAGAGAAUGGAGUGUUCGGGUAUACAGUGUUAUCUGUAACAGAAUCCCAAUCGUCGUGUCAAUCCCAAUCUGAUGACACAGAGAAUCCCGAAAGCGUAGAAACGUCCGCGUCCGAUCCAAACGACCAUGUACCUCCGGAAAAGCAAGCAAAGAUAGAAAAAAAGAAUACCGAAGACAUCAUGUCCUUAAUUUCGAUGCCGACUAUCAGAGAGAAGGAGAGUAAAAAGGUCGGCGAACAGAUCUUGGACUUAUUGUCAAAGCAGACUUCGAAAGAGAAAUCGCUGGCUGAACGAUUUCGCUCUCAGGGAGGCGCUCAAGUCAUGGAGUUCUGUCCGCACGGUACAAGAGUUGACUGUGUAAAAUUGAACGGCGGUCCGGGAUUUGCAGAGAAGUGCAAAAAACUGCACUUUAAGAAGAUCAUACAGAGCCACACAGACGAAUCCUUAGGCGACUGUAGUUUUCUGAAUACCUGCUUUCACAUGGACACCUGCAAAUAUGUUCACUAUGAGGUGGAUGGUCCCACGGCUCAACCAAAGGAAACCAAUGACUCCGAUAGUCUAAACAAUAGUGCGCCCAACAAGACGUUGAACUUAGAUAACAAGAACGGUAGCGGUACAAGCAGCAAUGUAGGCAGUGAAUUAACUCUGUAUCCGCCACAGUGGAUUCAAUGUGACUUACGUUACCUCGAUAUGACAGUUCUUGGCAAGUUUGCUGUAAUCAUGGCUGAUCCACCAUGGGAUAUUCAUAUGGAAUUACCUUAUGGAACUAUGUCAGAUGACGAGAUGAGACAAUUGGGAAUUCCGGCGCUUCAGGAUGAAGGACUCUUGUUUUUAUGGGUAACUGGCAGAGCCAUGGAACUGGGAAGGGAAUGUUUACAGUUGUGGGGCUACGAGAGGGUUGACGAGAUCAUUUGGGUAAAAACCAAUCAGCUGCAAAGAAUAAUACGGACCGGUAGGACGGGCCAUUGGCUGAAUCAUGGCAAAGAACAUUGUCUGGUUGGCAUGAAGGGCAAUCCUCGUAUCAAUCGAGGGUUGGAUAGCGACGUGAUCGUCGCCGAGGUUCGCGCCACUAGCCACAAGCCCGACGAGAUUUACGGCAUUAUCGAACGCAUGAGUCCCGGCACAAGAAAGAUCGAAUUGUUCGGACGGCCGCACAAUGUGCAACCCAACUGGAUCACUUUAGGUAAUCAAGUUGACGGUGUUCAUUUAAUCGAUCCACAACUUAUCAAAGCCUUCAAGAAACGUUAUCCCGAUGGAAAUUCAAUGAAGCCCGCUAAACCGUAAAUCUGUUCUCUUUCUACAAUAUAUGAGUAUAAAAUGCUUGUUGACAUGAAUAAAA